AUGGAAUUAUUUGAUAUGGUAGGGUUAAAUGUGACACUAGCACCCCACACUAAUGAUAAAAUAAGUGCAUCCAUCACAAACGGUUCUAACACCAUUGAUUAUGAUGAAUUGUACGCCAUAGCCUUAGAAUAUAAUAAUACAUUCGCUGACGCGCAUGACCUAGAUUAUGGGAAGAGGAGUUUCUCCUCAUGCAUUAAUUCGUGUAAGGCUUUGAAACAUUUACUGGACCUAUGCCCAAAUUAUGCUGUCAAUGUGGGGUUGACGAUUAUACAUUUGGCUUGUGUUGGUGCUUGUCAUGCAACCUACAAUCAUGAUUAG